AUGAGAAACAACAAUCAAACAAAAAGAAUAAAAUAUGAAGAUGAAAAGUUCGGUACAGAUAAAGCAUCAAAUAAAAGAUGCAGCAAAGAAAAUGUAGAAUGUAAGGUAUUUUCAAAGAAAUUUCGCUCAAUAAAUGAUGAAAAUUAUGUGCAUGUUGUUCACAAUUUAGAAAUUAAGACAGAUUUUAUUCCCACAGCAAUGGUAAGAAUCGAAGCCGAUGGAUUUAUUUAUGGUCCAUAUAGGGCAAUGUUAGACACAGGGGCUCACAUCAACCUGAUGGUUGACAGGUUGAGAAGAGAUUUAAAGGUACAAACGAAACAGGCGUCAGGAAAGCUAGUAGGUAUUAACGGUAGUCCAUUUACAAUAACACGACAAGCCAUGGUCAAGAUAUUACCGUGGUACAGUACAGACUCUUUCAAAAGCCACGAAAGCGAAUCAUUUUGGUUUCUUCCAGAAGAAAGUCAAUGGAAUCCCAUUCUACCUACACGUACGACAGAGGCUGUUGAAGUAGGCAACAUAGACCCACAUAAAUAUGCAGAUCCAGAAUAUUAUAAGUCAAGGCAAAUAGAGAUUUUGUUGGGAGUAGAUUUUUUCGCAAAAUCCAUAAAAUCAGUAUUUAAGAAAAAUGAAGAUGGUACAGUUUUAUUAGAGACGACGCUAGGUUUAGUAGUACUAGGCUCAAAUCUGUUCAGGUACAAUGAUCAAGUAAAUGUUUGUUCAACUGUAGAAUAUUCAGAAAGCGACCAGUUAGAUAAUCUUCUAAAGAGACUCUGGGAAAUGGAUGAAAUCAAGUCAUGUUCUCAGAGAACAGAAGAAGAAGAAUUGGUAGAACAACACUUCCAACAAAACCACUAUCGUGACAAAGAUGGUGUAUUUGUGGUAAAGAUGCCACUCAAAGAAGAGUUUAAAGAUAUAGGCAGCUCACGAGAGACAGCUUUGCGUAGGUUCACAUAUCUAGAAAGAAGAUUAGAGAAAAAUGAGCAGAUGAAAAAUGCUUACGUCCAGAAAAUGAGAGAAAGUAUCCAACUAGGUCAUGUACAGGUAGCUAAUAGAAGCCCUAGAGCUAGCAAUAUAGUCUAUUAUAUACCACAUCAUUGUAUAGAAAAGAAAUUCCGUAUAGUAUAUGAUGCAAGCUGUCGCACGAAUAAAGGUAUAUCAUUGAAUGAAAUACAAAUGUUAGGUGAGAAACUGCAAAGGGACUUGCAUGAGAUAAUCAUGCGCUUCAGAAGACAUCGUAUAGCAAUUUGCGCUGACAUUAAGAAGAUGUUCAAUCAAGUCAGGCUUAACAAAGAACAAUGGGAUCUACAACGCAUAUUUUGGAGAGAAAACAGGUAUGAACAACUCAAAGAAUACUGGUUAACAGUCGUCACAUUUGGUCUGACUUCGUCAGCACACCUGGCAGUGCGUUCAGUACUACAAGCAGCCAAAGAAGCUCAACACAACUACCCAGAAGCAGCCAACGCAAUUAAGAAUGACUUUUAUAUAGACGAUUGUGCCACUGGUGAAACCGACGAUAAGAAAGCCAUUCAGUUAGCAAAGGAGAUGUAUGAAAUAUUAAAGGGAGCUGGUUUCGAAUUAUGUCAGUGGAAAUCAAACUCCAAGAGAUUCAUGGAAGAACUUCACGCUGGCACAGUUGACCCCACCAUGGUGUUUUCGGGGGAAGAGAAAUCAUCCAUUUUAGGCCUUAAAUGGCUAAUUGUUUCAGAUCAAUUCACUUAUGAGGUGAAAACACCACGUCUAGUAGGGACUCUCACCAAAAGAAAAGUAGUAAGCUGCGUAGCACAGCUCUAUGACCCAAACGGCUAUAUUUCCCCAGUCACAGUAAUAGGGAAAAUAAUCAUUCAAGACAUUUGGAGAUUAGGUACAGGGUGGGACGAAAGAGUCUCGUCAGGUAUAGAAGAAAGAUGGAAAGAGUACUGGAAUGGGAUAAUGGGCCUAGAGAAUUUUCGUAUAGACAGAUGGUUAGGCACCACUGGUGCAUCAGGUAUACAACUUCAUGGUUUUUCAGAUGCCUCAAGUGCAGCCUACGGUGCAGUUAUUUACGUUCGUACAGAAAACACAAAUGGCACAGGUAAAGGGAGGUUACUCAUAUCAAAGACGCGUUUAGCCCCAUUAAGGACCAUCACGAUUCCCAGGUUAGAGCUAGCAGCUGCAGAGUUGCUAUCAAGGUUGUUAGUAGAAGUAAGAAAUUCCAUGGAAUGGAUAGAUACGCCAUGCUUUCUAUGGUCAGACUCGUCAGUUGUACUGCACUGGAUAAGGAAGCUUCCAUGCGACCUAAAAACUUAUGUUGCCAAUCGUGUCUCGUCCAUACAGUCGAACACACAGGCUAAAUGCUGGCACUAUGUCAAUACAAAAGAAAACCCAGCUGAUUUACUGAGUAGAGGUGUACAGACGUCUGCGUUAGCAGACAAUAAACUAUGGUUGGAAGGGCCCAAGUGGCUCCAACAACCACGUACAGAUUGGCCUGAAACAGGUCUUGGUAAAGAAUGGCCAGAGACAGGCCUAAGUACAGGUUGGCCGGAUGGAGGCCUUAGUACAGAUACAUCAAUAGAAGUAAAGAGAGAGUUUAAAGUUUGUAUAGUAGUAAAAUUGAAACCACAAUUAUGCAUAGGUUUAAAGAAAAAGGGUUACAAUGUUCCACUUUUUGAAUAUACAGAUAAGUUAGAAAGGUUAGUCAACAUAGUUAGCUAUAUGAUUCGUUUCAUAGAUAAUUGGUCCAAAAAGCCAACCUUUAAAAUUAGAGUACAGAGACGCAAAAGCAAAGUACAGGUGCCAACCUUGGCAGAAAGAGCAAGAGCAAUGGCAUAUCUCUUGCGCAAGUCACAGGAAGAACGCUAUGGUAAGGAGAUAACAUGGCUGAAGAAGAGGAAAGGUCUCCCAGAAGGAAGUGAUCUGGGACCGCUCAAUCCACUUCUAGAUGCACAGAACAUACUUAGAGUAGGUGGUAGAUUAGACAGAAGCAGCAACUCAUACGAGAUGAAUCAUCCUGCAAUCGUUCCCAAUGGAUCAAGGCUAGCAUGGUUAAUUGUAAAUCACGCACACCACAACACAAAACAUGGUGCAGUACAGAUUAUGAUGCAAUUUGUAAGAGAGAAAUACUGGAUCCCGAAACUAAGGAGUGAACUAAGGGGCUAUUUGCACAAAUGUGUCGUAUGUGCAAGGUACAGUUGCAAACUGGGGCAACAGUUGAUGUCCGAGCUACCAGCAGAUAGAGUACAAAUAGGCAAGCCGUUCGUCCAUUGUGGUGUAGACUACGCAGGACCCUUUGAGAUCAAGAUGUUAGACAAAAAGGGCGAACAGAUAACACGAAGCAAGUGCUGGGUGGCAAUUUUUGUAUGUCUCAAAACAAGAGCUGUGCAUAUAGAUCUCGUCACAGAUCUAACCUCGCUAUCAUUUAUAGCAUGCUAUGAACGUUUUAUAGCCAGAAGAGGCAGAUGUGAAAGGAUGUAUAGUGACAACGGCACAACCUUUGUAGGUACCAACAACGAACUAAAAAGAGCUAUAGAUAAAUGGACAGGAGAUGCAACAAUAUCGCAUCUAAACAGCAAACACACUGAAUGGCAUUUCAUGACGCCAGCCGCUCCUCAUCAAGGCGGUAUUUACGAAGCAGCCGUAAAGUCCAUGAAGUAUCAUCUAAAGAGAGUCGUUGGGCUAAAGAAACUGUCCUAUGAGCAAAUGUCGACUCUAUUGACGCAAAUCGAAGCCAUACUCAACUCGAGGCCAAUCCAUCCACUGAGCGAUGACCCUUCAGAUGUACAGGCUCUUACACCUGCCCACUUUCUCGUAGGUGAGCCAACCAUAUUACCGAUUCCAUUUGAUGUCAGCGACCAGCCAGGUACCGCAGGAGUUAGACUCUGGAAGUAG